AUGGCCGUCUUAGCCGCGGUGAAGCGAAAGCUGCCAACGCCGAGCGCACUCACGAACAAUCCUGUCUUAAUCGAGAUCUCAGACGACGAGUCCGACGAGGUCAUCGCCGUACCACCAGCGAAACGCCAUAAGUCUACCACUCCAAGCAUCAACGGUCAGUUAGCACGCAGUCAGUCACGUGAGGGAAGUCACGAGCACAAAGUCGCAACUCCAAAGUCGUCACGUGUUGUAGACGUCUCUGAAUCCAAAGUCAAGAAAUCGCCAUGGAAGCAGCUGUCACGCUUCUCAUAUCCAUAUGAAAGUCUUGACAGACCCUUUGCACCCUCCUUCCAUCUGAAACAAAGCCAACCUUCACAAUCGAAUGGAAUCCGAUCUCACCACAGAGAAAAAUCCUCAGACAGACCACGAUCUCAAGGCAGAGUCGGCGCCAACCCUUCAAGAUCCCGAUCACCUAGAACUAGCAACAACAUCCCUACGUCUGAAGUACAAGUUGCUCGUGCAUCGGCCGACUCUCAGCCGUCUAAGUUCAGUCGAGCGUUGGCUGAGUCUAGCCCCAGAUCUCGACUUCUCUCUGUUGAUAUUAGAACUCGUCCGACCCCGACUCCUCAAAAGAAUGGCUCCUAUUCUGCAAAUGCAAGAAAGUCAUUAGUCCCCGAAACGCAAAGUCCCAAGCUCUUCUCGCCGACGCCUUCUCAGUCGAAUAUAGAGAUCCGCAUUCCUAGCCUGCUUCACCAAUGGACAGCUCCUUUACCAAAGUCAGCAGCGGCCCUGAAAGCAGAGGCCCAAGCUCAGAAGAAAGCUUUACUAGCCGAUUUGAUGGUUACUGCCGAGCAUGCUAAGCACAGACCUGAUGAAUUACUUCGCCAUUUUGGACAGACCGGGUUUUCCGACAGCUUUAGCACUGAGGAAGAUCUGACCGCGAGACAUAGGUUGGCAUCGAAGAAAAAGAAGACGCUGCAACCAAAUUCAAGAACCGAUCGAGUGCUAGAUAUCAGUCUUGACCUCGUGGACUCCUUCGACAAGCUCAUCAUCUCCAGCACCUCGAGAAUUACACCGGAACAGUCCUCGCGAGUACUUCUCACCAACAGAUUCAAUGAGCCGGUGGAGGGCCCCCCGUUGACAUUCGCCAAUGAUGUCAACGAAAGCCUUCUCAAUGGCAAAUUUCAGUUCACAGAUCGCUAUAUAAUCCGAUCCGGCAUCAAAUCAGCUCCUUCAAGCACUAACUAUGGGUGUACGUGUUUUGUCAGCUGCAAUCUACAGUCAUGCCAUUGCUUUAGCAAAGAGGCCGCUGAUGAAACGGGUAAAGGCCGUCACACUGAGCAACGUCAGACUUAUGUCCGCCGGCCGGACGGAAUUGUUGUCCUGACUGAUACCUACAUGGCCCAGGAACUCGAUCCCGUCGCUAAGCACUACGAGAUCACUGAGUGCAAUGAGUUCUGCGCUUGUGGGCCAGAUUGCUGGAACCGCGUUGUUGGCAAGGGGCGGACGGUUCCGCUCGAAGUAUUUCAGACUGCGAAAUGUGGCUUUGGAGUCCGCUCAUCUGUCGAUAUAGUCAAAGGACAGUUUAUUGAGCUCUACCUCGGCGAGGUAAUCACAGAAUCUGAGCUGAAACGACGAGAAGAUGCCGCCGAAGAGGGCGAGUCUUCCUACAUCUAUUCUCUCGACUGGUUCACAGGCGUUGAGAAGUACCACGUCGACGGCCAGUACCACGGCACCGCCAUGCGGUUCGUCAAUCACUCGUGCCAACCAAACGCGCGUUGCUUUACCGUCCAGACCCACAAACAGGAUAAAAAACUGUACUACCUUGCGUUCUUCGCAAUCGAAAACAUUCCGAAAGCAGUUGAAAUUCGGAUUGACUACCACGGCGGGGGCAGUGACGAGCAAGAUCUGCCCGACCAGAUCGACGGAGAAAAGUUUGACGAGCUCGUCCGUUGCUAUUGCGGCGAGAAGAAAUGCCGAAAGUUCCUCUGGACUCCUGCUAUCACGAGACGGCGGCGGCGGCGGCGGCGGCGGCGUGGGGAAUGA